AUGUGCUAUAUAUUCAGUUGCUUCGCAUGGGGGAUAGACUUCAUACAGAGGUUAAUUUCCUUCUUCCUAUCGUGCCUUCUGUGUAUAGCGAUUUCCUUCGGGCUGGGUGUCGCCGUAGUCACUGGCAUCGCCUAUGGGUACAACUACUCAAUGGCCGAGUGGCUCACAUUCACACGCCAUGAUGUCACUGUUUAUAUGAGGCGAGGUAGAUUCUCUCCAUUUGCCAAUUUGGAAUUGAAGCCAGCAACUCAGCCACCAAAUCAAGAUCUUAGAAGAGCUGGUGGUAAUGAAGAAGACUUAUUUAAUGGAACCGCUAAUGACUAUGAAGAUCAUAGACCUCCAGCAGAGAGCAAGCCUCUAGCUGACACAUGGCUAAAAACCCAGGAUACGAGAAAGUAUGCAGAGAUCUUGACGAGGUACAAUCCAAACAAAAGGGCAGAAGCCCAAAAUGGGGCUACUCCAGUCCCUAUUCAAAGUAUUCAGCAAAAUCAACAACUACAACAACCACCUAUUCGACAACAACUUAGUCGGGAAUCAUCCAGUCGAGAACAGCGUCCUCCGGAACAAAUUAUUCCUCUGCUGUCACCAAUGCAGGAUCAACCGGGUUCUCUUUAUAGGCCAUCUCCUGAUACUCCUGUUAUAUCUAUCAUGCCGAACCCCAUGAUACCGACUGUCUCCUGGCGAAGUGGUUCUUCAGAAAUAAUGAUGAGAAACUUCCAACCCAUUCAAGAUCACACUUCGAGAAACAGGCAUACAGAUAUGCCUGAGAAUUUGUUCCCAGCCCCUGAUAAGUCUUUGGAUUCAGUAUCCAUUAUCGGCCUUAAGGAUCAGUCGAAAGAGUCCUCAGAUGCCAAGCAACGUGAUGAUUUCCAUAAAAGUUACGUGCCAAUGCGAGUGUGGGGGACGACUGCGAAAGCCGUCAUCGCUGAAGAGCCAGAAGAUGUGGAUGAGGAUAAUGUUGUCUACAAACCUGUAUAG